AUGCUUCCACCUAUGAUGAGAAGAAUAAUGCUGAAGACUGAAGACAUUGCUUCUUGUUACUAGUGCGUCAUGAAGAGUCUGUUACACAUGAUUGUUUCUCGUUACUAGUGCAUCCACAAUUUCUAGGCACUUCUGUGCUCUGGCUAUUGUUUAGUCUCCGGAAUAGUACAUGUAAGACUAUGUGAGACUCGUGCCAUGCCAUGAAGAGCCUGCUCUUCGAUGCAUCUCUUGUUCUGCUUGUUGCACUUCUAGCGGGUAUAAUGCGAUAUCUUCGCAAGCUAUUUGAAAUUAGUCUGAAAGAACUCCUCAUUCAUGAUUUCCGGCAUGAAGCUCGAGUGGCUCUGUGGCGGCGACGAUAUGAAGCAAGAGAAGAGGCGAAAAGUCAUAUCGGCUGUGCGUUCAAACUCGAGGCCACACGUGCUUGUUGCGUCCGAUGUAGCAAGUAGCAGCUUGGAUAUUAAGAACGUAGUCGCCUUGUUUCUUUCUGCAGUAAGUAGCUCACUCAAAUCCAUUGAGUUUGAGUUUCUUUAUUAUACAGUAUACAUUUUUGACUUGCUUCACACUCACAGGUCGGGCUCGUUAUCCAUUUCGAUUUGCCAAGGAUUACGCCUAUCUACGAAGACCGAUCUGGGAGAGCUGGACGCCAUAAGAGAGGCGAGGUCGUUAGCAUCGCUCGUUUGGUUGAUGGAGUCUUGAAUGUUAUGGGAGGCGAAGAGAGUGAACCUCUUUCGGCUACUUGUGGUCUCUUUCAUUUUCAACUAAAUGUUUGUUGUAGUGGAUUGAUGCACACUCCGUUGGCAGAGUACUUCUUGUGGUCUCAUGCUGAACAAAGACAUGAGCAGUAUACCACGGCGACUUUAGCCCCAUACAACGGAUUCAUGUGUCCAAUGAUGGAGUCCUCCUCCUCCACAUAAAUGCGAAAAUGGUUGACACCUCUCCCCUUAGAGUUAGAAGACAAUAACAGCACAGCUACCCAUGCCUCUAACGAUUUGAACGACCACAAAAUUCUGAAGGAGUUGUGUCGAACACGCAUUUUGGAGAACGCUCAAAUUCCAAAGGUACUACAGUCGCAGAUCAUUCAGAAGACUUAGUGGUCAUCGCCAAGAGCAAGAGAUCCGUCGCCGAUUCUACCAUCCAACAGAGGAGAAGAUCACGCAGGUUCUUAAAAGUCUUCGCAAUCGUAAUUGCAGAAUGUCGCGCAAUUGACAAAAAACUUAUGUCGCAUAUUGAGGUCAUAGAAAAAAUUGAAGUACUUAGACUUAUACUUAUCUCGUUAGGUAGUUUCUGACUUCAGUCUCACUCAAAGAGUCAUCUUUUAAUGGCAGAAGAUGGAGUAAGAUAUCUCAACUUUUUUCAUAGAGAAGCAAGGCUCACAAGUAGAGUUUUGCAAUACAAGUAGCAGCACGAGUACUAUGUUGAGACGCUAACGCUGUUUCCCGCGAUACCUCACUCGCGCCUUCAGAUUAGCAGGGAUAAACAAGUACGUCCUUGGUAGAUCGCGGCACGAAGUCGAUCUCUAUGUAUAGAAUUUCUCUCCACGACGUCACAACUUAUAUCAUUCCGUCAGCCCCCACGACGCCCCCACUUCGUCAGUCACUUAUAUCUUCAUUUAGUCAUUAAACGCAAACGGAUCAUCCCACAGCCACAAAGUAUUGUAGUUUUACCCUCAAGAAGGUUGCCGCUCUUGUGUAAGCGAGAAACUGGCAAUAAAAUCUCUCCAUCCCUACUUUUUCGCACCUCGUCCCGACAUCAACGCCCCCUGAUAGAUGAACCCCAAGGAUUUGAAGCGAAUUCUUUACGCACAGAUAAAGGAACAAACUGAGCACUCUUUUGUAAGCUUCGCGAC